AGUUAAUGGCGCAGAUAACACUGUGCUGUAAACAGAAUAAAUGCGGAGCUGCUGCAGAUCCUUAUAGACAUAAGAAACAAGCUGUCAGACAGUAUGGCCACGGAAAAUACUGGAGGACUUUGGGAUUCAUUGAAGAAAGCAGCUUUUGUCAUUGGAUCUGGACUUUUCUUCCUGGUCGCAUUUAGGAACUCCGUAACAUGGCAUUUGCAGAAGUUUUGGGGAGCAUCUGGAGAUUUCUGGCAGACACAGUGGACUAAACUUCACUUGGCCUUUGGUGAAAAUGAGGCUGCCUUGUUUUUUAUUGGAACCAUGUUGGUACCCACUCUUUCUUUUUGGUUGUUUAAUGCCCUCCUGAUGGUGGUUGACACAACUGGGAAACCAAACUUCAUCACUCGCUAUAGGAUACAGGCGGACAAAAACAAUCCGGUGGAUUCGACCCGGUUGCGUCAUGCAGUGAAAAAGGUGCUUUUCAACCAGGUCUUUCUGUCAGGACCGCUGGUGGUGCUGACCUACAUAGUGAUGAACUGGCGUGGCAAGCCGUGUGCUCCUGAGCUGCCCACUUUUCACUGGGUCCUGUUGGAGCUGGUGUUCUGUGGCCUUAUAGAGGAAAUACUGUUUUACUACACUCACAGGUCAGCAUGAAUUUCUGCCGAUCAUUUCAUGUAUAGGUCAGGUGAUCUUUAAUACAGGUUGUUCCUGUGGGUCAAGCAUUUUUUAA